AUGGCUUCAAAAUUCCAUGCUGGACUUUCUCAAGACCUUUUAUUGAUGUUGAAUAAUGCAGAUGACCAUGAUAUAGUUAUUAGAGUAGGAAAAGAUCCAGAUAUAAGAGAAUUUAGUGCACAUUCAUGCAUUCUGAAAGCCCGUUCUCCUUAUUUUAAAAGGGUAUUGUCAGCUGAACAAACUACAAAAAAUAAUAAUAAUGUAAACGAGUUCAAAAAACAGAACAUUAACCCUAAUGUUUUCGAAAUAAUUCUAAACAUUUAUGAAAUAAUGAUGGAGUCAUAUAUGAAAAAUACUUUACCAAAAGCAACUACUUUACCAUCACGAGUGGAAAAGGUUCAAAUUGAAUCGAAAAUUAUCAAGCCAAAGCUUGCUUCUAUCAUUAUUAACUGGAUGAAUAGGAAAGAUGCAGAUGCUCCUCGUAGCAAGGCAGAUACAUUAUACAAGUUUAACCUCAUUUAUCGUGGUAGCCAAGAUGGUAUUGAUAGUGAUUCAUUUAGAAGCAAAUAUAACUUACAGGCGCCAACAUUGGUCUUAGUCAAAUGUCAGGGAUCUCAAAAAAUAUUUGGAGGUUAUUCUCCAAUCGAGUUUUAUAAUUAUAAUUAUGGUGAUCGAUAUGUUCAUUGUACUGAUAGUUUCAUUUUUUCUUUUGAAAAUAAUGAGGAUGCACAAAAUAUGAAAUUAAGUCGUGUAAACUCGCAGCAUUCUGAUCAUGCUAUAUAUGAUUACGACUAUCAUAAUAAUUAUGAUUAUGGAUUUAAUUUCGGUGGAAACACAUUGUAUACACGAAAUAAGACAUUAUACGUAGCAAAUAAGGAGGGUUAUUAUGAAGAUAAUAUAAAGGAUGAUAAUAAUUAUACAAUUGAGGAAUUCGAAGCCUUUAGAAUAUUCAAGCAAUUUUAA